AGAAUUAAAAUUAUUGUAAAUUAAAUUAAAGAGGCAUCAAAUACACAAUAAUAUUCAAUACGCUUCUAGGAUAACGUAGUGUUAAAUUGACUUUGUAACCAUGAUUAUAACUUGUGUCUAAUAUGAUUAAUUUUAAGGAUAACAAGAAUAAAUCUGCGCUCAGUACAAGAUGGGCUCAAAUGUCGAAACAGGAACAAAUUAUAGAGAGGAAAAAGAUGGAAAUACAGGCGAAACUAGAGGCUCAAAAGCAGGCUUCUGCUUUGGCAGCCCAAGCGAAGUUAACAAAUUUAGGCUCAAAAGAUGACAAAAACCCUUCAAACAUCUUCUCCAACGAUGGCAGCUUCAUGAGCCAGUACAAGGCUUUGCUAGAAAAACAAAAGCAGGAGAAGGAUGAGAAAGAGAGACAAGCGAAGCAAGAAGAAACAAAAGCUAUGAGUGCUAGCAUGCCGGAAUAUUCUGAUGAAGCUCCUCAUGAGGAACCAAAGGAGUAUUCGCACCAUGACCAUAAUGAGAGACGGAGGUCAGACAAAGGCAGCAGAGAUAGACGUAGAUGGAGUGACAGAGGCAAGAACCGUACUAAUAGUCCAAUGGAUGACAGAAGGCAAUCAGACAACAUCCCACCACUAAUGCAAAUUCCAUUCAUGCCACCAGACCAAGACCCAAACCAUGAUAACUGGCAAGGAAACAGGGACCCUAACUCUAACGGAGAACGGCCUGAAGGCAUGGGAUAUCCAGAUUCUAAUAUGAGACAUAUGAUGAGACCAGGCCCGAAUGUGGGUCCUAGAGGUCCCGGACCAAACAUGAGUCCUGGACCUGGACCUAAUAUGGGACCUAGACCAGGAAUGAACAUGGGCCCUGGUCCAAUGAUGGGACCAGGAGGCCCCAACAUGCCCCCAAUGCCACCAGGCGGACCUAUGCCUCCUGGAGGACCUAUGCCGCCUUUCAUGGGCGGCCCUCCUAAUUACCCAAUGCCUCCUAAUUGGGGUCCUAAUGGACCAGGCGGACCCUGCGGUCCGGGCCCUAUGCCUCCGAACAUGUGUGGCCCUAAUGGUCCAAUGCCACCUUUCUUUGGCUCGCCUUUCCCCCAAAUGCGCCCUAAUGGUCCACCUGGCCCCCAUGGCCCGCCUGGUCCCCAUGGCCCACCUGGACCCCAUGGCCCACCUGGCCCCCAUGGCCCACAUGGCCCACCUGGCCCCCAUGGCCCACCUGCUGCUCCCAGACCUCCUGGUCCUCCAAACUCUAUGAUGCCCCCAAAUUCAAUGAAUAAUGGCAACAUGCCGUUCAUGGGUCGUCCUCCAUUCGGUCCCAAUGGCCCGAACUUCAAUAACGGCAAUGGCAACAUGCCGUUUAUGCCACCACAUAUGAUGCCGCCAAACAGCAUGCACAACAAUAUGCCACCUAGUAAUAUGCCUCCUAGUAAUAUGCCUCCUAGCAAUAUGCCUCCAAGUAGCAUAUCUUUACACAACAUACCUGAACCAAAGCCCUUGGAUUCAAUGCCGGAGAUGAACCUACAGAACAUGCCGCCUCUGCCGCAGCUAAGUCACAUUCCAUCGCCAAAGGACGAACCAACAUCACCAGCAAAUCAAGUUUCCUCUGCAGAUUGGCCGCCGUCGGUGCUCCGCGCUGCCACGGAGGUCGCCCGGAACGGUGACCACUGGGAAAAUGUCCUGAAGGCAAUUCACUCACAAGACCAAAAUAUGUGGUUCCUUCAUAAUACGAAUUCGAAGGAGUACAAGGAGUUCCGGGAGCUAGUGGAAAAGUUCCGGAAGGAGAGCCCGGAGAGGAAACCGGAAGUCAAGCCUGAGGAUGUGUAUGAGCCCGAGUUCUGCUUGGAUGAUGAUUAUGACAGUGAUGACGAUUAUAAGGCAGCACAUAAAACGUUUAGUUUUGGCGACCAAGACUCCCAAAAACCCUGGAACCAGUUCAACCUGGGCAGCUCAGUGAAACGCGAGGCGGCGAGCUCACAGAGCGACGACGAAUCCGACAGCAAGCGAGAGCGCCGCAAGAAGAAGAAAUCUCGCUGGGGCGAUGAGCCGCCGGUAGCGGAUAUCAAACCCCCGGGCGUAGUUGCUCCGUUACCGCCCGGCAUGGCGCCUUUACCGCCCGGUAUGGCGCCUUUACAGCCCAUUAUGCCGCCAAUGCCGCCCGGUAUGCCACCGAUGCCGCCUCUGCCAGGGGUAAAGCUGGCUAAAGUAGAAGAGGAUGGGUUUAAACUCACAAAUGUGAACCGGGCCAACCCGGCUUUGAUGCAAUAUGCCAUGACCAACUAUGGAACCAUAAACUUGAGCCCCGAGGAUUGGAAGAAGUGUGAAGACAACUUCAAACUAAAUCUGCUGUUUCAGGAUAUGUUGAAAAAGAGGCAGGAAGUAGAACGCCUGGCCGCAUCAGGCAAGCACAAGUACGAAUACGACAGUGAUGAAGAUACCGCUGAAGGCACAUGGGAACACAAGUUACGCGCAAAAGAAAUGUACGCGACGGAAAAGUGGGCCGACGAGCUGACGAAACAAGCAGCCGGGAAACAUCAUAUCGGGGACUUCUUGCCGCCGGAGGAACUGAAGAAAUUUAUGGAGAAAUAUUCCGCCGUGAAAACUGGCAAGGAGCCAGAUUUGAGUGACUACAAGGAGUUUAAACUGAAAGAGGAUAAUGUUGGUUUCAAAAUGCUGCAAAAGUUGGGCUGGACCGAGGGCCAGGGUCUCGGCGUGGAGGGCACUGGUAUCGUCGACCCCAUCAACAAGGCCAACCAACCGGUCGCCAACAUGGGUCUAGGAGCUGCCUCCUCCGACGUGGUGUCACCCGAUGACGACGAGUUCGAUGCUUACAGGAAGCGCAUGAUGCUCGCCUACCGGUUCAGACCCAACCCUCUGAAUAAUCCUCGGCGACCGUAUUAUUAAGUAAACUAGCUAUAUUUGUCAUUAUACAUUUAAAGUAAUAAAGAGUUGUGUUAUGUUAUCGAAAUCAAAAUGCAUCACGCUUGAUGUAUGUCAACUAAGUUCAGAUUUUGAUUAAACAGUAUAUGCAUAUUUGAUAUUAAAACAUGAAUAGGUAAUAUUAGUUCGUGUUCAGAUAUUUUUGAGUUAAUUUGUCUGUCAUUUCAUUUAGAUUACUUCGCGUAUUUGAUCGCGACCGUAUUAAAUAUAACAUCACCAAUUUAAACUCAUGAAAUGUGUAAAGUACAAAACAUAAUGUAUGUCAUCAUGUCAUAUACAAAUACAACAAAUACAAAUAAUUUAUUGAAAAACGUAUUAACAACUAUAAUGUUAUAUUAAAUCAUUUUACGGUUUAGACUCACUUGUUUUAGUCACGUUGUUUUAGUGUACGCAAUACACGGUCGUCGUGAACGCUGCUCGCACUAUUAGUGCUUGAGAAAGGAGACCUAGGCUCUCCGAAACAUGUCGCGCGAGUGACCAAAACAAGUGAGUCUAAACCGUAAAAUGAUUUAAUGUUAGUAUGUCUCACAACAGUUUAAAUUCGAUUAUAAUGUUAUAAUUUAAUAUUUAACCGACUGCCGAAGAAGAGGUUAUUCAAGUAUGUUUGCUUUGCAUGUCUUUGAUGCACAGCCUUAGCCCCAAACGUCUUAACUGAUUUUAAACUGAGAUUUUCUAUCUCAGUCGUGGGAGUGCCGUGGGCAGUGUUUUCUAUACAUAUACUUACGAAUUUAAAAGUUAGAAUCUGGUCUCAAUCCACGGGUGGUAGGUAGCUAUUUGUUAAAAAUUGAUUGUUUAACCCUUAAAUGCAUAGUGAUGGAUGCAGCUUACACAACAAAAAACAUAUAAUUUUAUGUAUAAUUAGAUAAAAAAACGGGAUCCUUAUUAUUACUGUCCGUCUGUCUGUCACCAGGCUGUAUCUCAUGAACUGUGAUAGCUAGACAGUUGAAAUUUUCAAAGAUGAUGUAUUUUUCUAGACUUAUAUUGACCGGGAUAAAGACCGUGAUUACCUUUUGUAUUUCUUAUGAUGUAUUUCUGUUGCCGCUAUAACAACAAAUACUAAAGAGUACGAAACCGUCCGGUCCGUGUCCGGUUUUUCUUUCUAUUUUAGUCUGCAUAAUGUCGUUCAGAGCGAAAUUGUGUUUAUAAUAUUAACCUAUUAAUUGUACAGUCAUUAAGCUCAAGUUUAUUAAACAACAAGGCUUGAUUCAACUAAAAGCAUCAUACUUACUUUAUGUAUAAAUAAUUAGCUAAAUUUGUGGCAUACUUUCAUAAAAAAUACAUACUUACAUCUUA